AUGAAACCAUCAAUGAUAGUUUUAAAUUUUCUUUUUCUUUCUUCAUAUUCAUUAAAAGAUAUUGCUUCAAUUAUUUAUGCAUCUGGUGCAACUAUUUAUGGUACUUCAAUUGAAAUUUAUCUUAUACUACCUUUUAGCAUUAUUAAUUCCAUUUUAGCAGUAGUCACUUGUGGUAUGAAUCAUAGUGAAACAAAAUCUACUAUUAUAUAUAUUGUUAAAAGUAUUGCACUCUUUAUGGGUACUGAAUUAUCCUAUCAAAAUUUUAAACGUUUUACAUUUCAACAAUCCUAUCAAUUACAUUAUCAAACUGUUUCUCGAACUAUGCUUCGUCAAACUAUCUAUUUAACAGUAACAAUUAUCUUUAUUGUUUCGCCUGGUUUACGUUCUAUUUAUAGUGGAGUACAAUUUAAAUGUUCAUAUCUAAAUAGAACAAUAACAGAAUCCUAUUGUGAUAUUAUUGAUAUUGAAAAACCAACAUUUGAAGGUCAUUUUUCUUGUGUAGCUGAUUAUACUGCAAUGAUUACUGGUAUGGAACAAUUACGUAUUAUUCGUGAUAUUACUUUAUGUAGUAUUGCUUUCUAUUCAAUAUAUAAUAAAGGUUUUCUUGAUAUUACUGGAACAACGUCUAUUAUUCAUAAGAUAAUGUUAUUAUUAUUUUUUGGAAUGAGUUGUUCAAUUAUAGUAGUGAAUAUUAAUCCAUUAAAUUUUGUUAAUAUUAAAUUAUAUUUUAAUUUAUUUGAAAUAGUUAUUUUUAUUAUUUUAAUGGUAUUACUUACAUUAAAUUUACAGCAAAAAUAUGACCAUAAAAAAUUUAUAAUUAUGCAAGAAAAUCCAACGAUUUUUGGAUAA